UAGCCUUUUGUUGUUUAAAACUCGCCCUAAGUUUCUCAAGGCUAUGCCAUCAAGCACACAAAAUUUCUCGAUCAACAAAAAUAAAAUUUAAUACUGUUAGGUGGUUUUGUUUAAGAAGUGUGGAUUGUGAGUUGUACUAAAUAACAGAUGGAUGAGCAACCGGAGAAGCAAGGAAAGAUAGAUGAACAACUACGGAGGCAGAAGGAAAUUGAUGACUGGCUUCCAAUUACUUCAUCAAGGAAUGCAAAAUGGUGGUACUCAGCUUUCCACAAUGUCACUGCCAUGGUUGGAGCUGGUGUCCUCAGUCUUCCCUUUGCCAUGUCUAAUCUUGGAUGGGGUCCUGGUGUAGUUAUUCUGAUAUUAUCAUGGGUGAUUACUUUAUUCACAUUAUGGCAAAUGGUUGAGAUGCAUGAAAUGGUUCCGGGAAAGCGGUUUGAUAGGUACCAUGAACUGGGUCAACAUGCCUUUGGUGAAAAGCUUGGUCUUUGGAUUGUGGUGCCCCAACAGCUGAUCUGCGAAGUUGGCGUGGACAUUGUGUACAUGGUCACUGGAGGAAAAUCGCUGCAGAAGGUCCAUAACAUAGUUCAUAAAGACGAGAAAGACUCAAUCAAACUCAGUUACUUUAUCAUGAUAUUUGCCUCUGCUCAUUUUGUACUUGCUCAUCUCCCCAACUUCAACUCCAUAUCUGGGGUGUCUUUGGCAGCAGCAGUCAUGUCAUUAAGUUACUCUACUAUUGCAUGGACGGCUUCAAUCCAUAAGGGUGUUCAGGCAGAUGUAGACUAUGGUUAUUUAGCCCCCAGCACAUCAGGAACAGUCUUUAACUUCUUCAGUGCCUUGGGCGACGUUGCUUUUGCCUAUGCAGGCCACAAUGUGGUUCUGGAGAUUCAAGCAACAAUCCCUUCCACACCUGAAACCCCAUCGAAGAAGCCUAUGUGGAGGGGUGUUGUGAUAGCCUACAUAGUUGUGGCUUUGUGCUAUUUUCCAGUGGCUCUCAUUGGAUACUACACCUUUGGCAACAAAGUUGAGGACAACAUCUUAAUAUCAUUGGAGAAACCUGAAUGGCUCAUCAUAAUGGCAAACAUGUUUGUUGUUGUCCAUGUUAUUGGGAGUUAUCAGCUAUAUGCAAUGCCAGUGUUUGACAUGAUAGAAACUGUCCUGGUAAAGAAACUAGAGUUCAGGCCAACUACAACUCUUCGCUUCAUUUCACGCAAUUUAUAUGUUGAUUUGCAUUACAUUGGGAGUCAUGCUCAUGAUCCUAUCACCUAUUGGAGGCUUAAGGAGUAUCAUACUUCAAGCCAAGAACUACAAGUUCUACAAUUGAAAUUGCUUGCAGAAGCAAAGGUUAAAUUGGUGGCCUUGAAAUCCAAUGCAGACAUAUAG